GAUAAUGAUUGAUACAAUUAUCAAAGUUUAAUUAUCAGUAUUUCUUUGAAUGUUGAAGUGUCAAGUAUAUAAUUAUGGCAGAGAAGGUGAAAAGACCGCCGUUUUUUACCCUAAAACGUUGGCAAAGCACGAAGGAGAGUGGUUUAAAGGCUCUAACGCCCACGCCACCGCCUAACUCACAGCCUCAGGAGAACCCCCACAUGUUCAGGUCACAUACUCCGCCAGUGGUAUCGAGGGCAGCAAGUUUAAUUCCAGAUUCAAAACCUAGAAAGUUAUCAGCUGGCGGCAUCAAAGAACUGAUACAAUGCGCACUGUGCCUCGAAGUACUGCACAAUCCAAAGAUGUUACCGUGUCAGCACACUUUCUGCACGGCAUGCCUGUCUGUCUACAUCGCCGAUUUAAUCAUAUUCGAUUGCCCCAUAUGCAGGACAAGGGUUCAAGUCCUCGGCCCCAAUUUUGUGGACAGCUUGCCGUCUAAUCUGUAUAUUGAUUCGUUGCUGCAGUUGGUAGGGAUUCAGAAUAUCGUGUCUGAAUCUAAGAACUCAGGGACGCCACCGACCACUCCAAUUAUUACCACUCCUCCACAGAACACAGAUAUGUUUGCUGCUGGAAGUAGAUGUGUGCACUGUAAGAGCAUGUGCGAUAAUGCCGAAAUCACACAAUGCGAUCAUUGCAAACUGAAAUUCUGCAAAGUUUGUUGGUUACAACAUUUGGAUGAUAUGCGGAUCCAACUAAAAUCUAUUGUGAAACAGCUGGACACAGCUGCCAGUCAUCUCGAACACAAAAUUGAGCAUUAUAAGGAUCGCUGCGAUCGAAUAGCUGAACAAAUCAGAAUAGCUGCGGACGAGAAAAUCGCAGCUAUUUUCCAAGCUAAAGACGGAAUGCUCAUGGAAGCAGCCAAUUUGCAGAAAUCUUCAGAAAUGUCCGCAUUGGCGCUGCAAGCCUCGUUGGACGAGGCCAGGGCAGUUGCAAUAAGGGCUAUGGAAUCAAGUGGCUCUUCUAAUGAUAACGAAAGGGUGGCAACCUUUAUAAAUCUCCAUCAGAACGCAGUGUCCUUACUAACGGACGUUUCAAAAUGGGACACCGAACGUUUUGUGUUCGACAAGGAGAACUUCACUUUGGAAAUGGACUCAGCAACACCAUUGGACGCGGAAUCAGAUGAUCCAGUUAUCGAAAACCCUAAACAGAAUGAUCCUUUAGAAAGUGAAGAGAGCCUCGUAAUGCAUUAUAGAUCUCGCAACUUCAUCCCCCACUUCGUAUGGCGCAAGUCAUCACGUCCUUGCGGCAUCGGCGUGGCUCCCUGGAGCAACCACCUCUACGUCUGCGGUAUGGACAGCCACAGCGUCCUCGUGAUGGAACGGGCUCAGGCCAAGAUCGUCACCAGGCUGUCUUGUGAAGAGAUGCUCUGUCCAGUGCAGAUCGCGUUCAUGAAGAGCUUGGGAGAGAUUUAUGUUACCGACAAAUGGAAGCAUUGCAUCCACGUUUUUUCCAAAGACGGCGAGUAUCUCCGCGGUAUAGGCCAGAAGGGCAGCCGCGUCGGCACGUUCCGUUCCCCCGAAGGCAUCGCCACUGACAACGCGACCCAACUCAUAUACGUCGUCGAUACUGGCAACGAUAGAGUGCAGAUAAUCCAACCGGAUGGUAAAUUCGUAGACCAAAUCGGCGUCGCGAAGAAACAUCAGGCCUCCCUCGCACCUUCAGUUUGGGAGACCAAGGAGAUUCUAUGCACCGAACUAAAUGCACCAACCAGCGUCGCCGUCACCAAUGACCGGGUUAUAGUCCUCGACAGUGGAAAUAGAAGAAUUAAAAUAUAUAACAAACAGGAUAAGACUAAAAUUACGGAGUUUGGAUCCAUGGGACAAAGGAAAGGCCAGUUCAGACACCCAGAAGUGUUAGCAGUUGACCCAAUGGGAUACAUCCUUGUAGGAGAUUCGGGUAACUGCAGGGUCCAGGUGUUCAAACCUUCAGGACAGCUCGUCAGGGUGUUCGGAGGUCUGGGCAGCCAGCCAGGCAAGUUCGGCUGGAUAUCAGGCAUCCACGUCACAAAACAAUUGGACAUAAUCAUAAGUGACACUAAAAACCACAGCGUGAACUUUUUUUAACAGAUGUAUUAAAAUUAUAACAAUUUAUUUCAAUAUCGAACAUUAUGUCACAAUGUAAAAUAAAUUAAUAUUAUGAUUGAGAUGAUUAUAGCACUGAGAUAAAGUGUACAAAUACAAUAAAAUUAAUCUUAUUUAA